AAUUCACAUCGUAAAUAGGCCAUAAUUUAAAUAACAACCUAAUUCUGACUGCAAAAUGUACUUAUCAAAGACAUAAUAAAUAUAAAAAAAUACAAGUACUUAAACAGGAAAGUAUCAAAUAACGAAAAGUAACAAAAAUAAACAAAAUAACAAAAAAACAUACAUUAAUUUUUAUUUUGUUUACUUUUAUUAAGCUGACCGCAAACAGUUUUAACAUAUAAUUGGGAUAUAUUUUUUAUUUAAUUUUAAUUCUAAAGUGACAAUGGGAAAAACUUAAUUGUACCUAUGUCAUCUCAAAAGAUUAGAAUAACGGAAACAAACAUUGCAAACGCAAAGAUUUUAGUAUAACUAUAAUUAUUAUCUAUAGUGCCUAUAUAUACUUAAAUAAUUUUCUUAUUUCUUAUCUUCUAUGUCAUAAAUUGCAUUUUUCACAUUUUCUAAAAUACUUUGAGGAUCCUUGGUGUACAAUACAGAUUUCUGUGCUCUCUUUUCCCAGUUCUGACAUAAUCCAUUUUAACAAAUGCUGUAUGCAGUGCGCCCUAACAUUUUAUGGGGCGUCAUUAUUCAUUAAUUAAAACUCACAUUGGACUUUUUAACAAAGACUGGUUUCAUCCUUUUUAUUGAGAUAUUCAGAUCUCUUAUUUAGUUGUCAUUUAGAGUUUGCACGUGAAACAUUGUUGCAUUCACAAUGCGAUAUCUUAUAUUAUCAGUUAUAACAUUUUGCUAUGUAUUUGAGUGGUGUAAGGCAAGUGUGUGUUUUUGGAAUAGCGGAUGUCCUUAUAAUUAUUUUGCAACUGCCACUCCAUAUAAUGUAGUAAGGGGUGAUAUUAGAGAUUCCAGAAUUAAAAUUAAAUCUUGUGAGGCAGUGAGCAUUUGGGGUUUGUUCCGUAAUGGUAAAAGUUAUCCUGACUUUGAAAAAGUAAAAAACAUGAAGAAAGUUACAGCAAUUCGCAAUUAUUUGGAGGCGAGUUACAAACAUGGCAAUUGUUCUCUCUGUGCACAAGAUGUAGAAAAUUUGAGAUACUGGUCGAUUGAAGAUACUUUUUUUAAUAAAUCAAAUGGCCUAACUAAUGAAGGUUAUCAAGAAAUGUUAGGCAUUGGCAAAAGACUAAAACAAGCAUAUCCUAAACUCCUAGAAAAUCCAAAAGAUGCACAGUAUGUAAUAAAUGUAUUUGAUGGUGAUGGCGCAUUAACUGAAGAUAGUGCGAAAGGAUUUGUGGAAGGGAUUAAAUCUGGUAUUCAGUACAAUAAUUCGGCAAAUUCAUUUUUAAAUAUCCGAUUAUGUAAUAAAAAAGGUGAUUCAAAUGAGGUGAUUGAAUCAUUAAAAUAUCAUAGCAGCUCAGAUUACCUUAUCUUGAAAGACAGGAUGCAAAGGCGAACUGGAAUCAGCUAUGAUUUGACCGACGAGGAUAUAUUGUCUCUGUACAACCUAUGCCGGUAUAGUUCAUCAGGAGUUGAUAAGAAGCUGAGUCCCUGGUGUGCCUUAUUCACCACGAAAGACUUGCAAGUUCUCGAGUACAUAGAGGAUUUAUAUAAUUAUUACAAAGACAGUUACGGUACGCCAACAAAUGAAAUUCUCGGUCGAAUUCCCUUAGCUGACUUGUUCGGUAAUUUUGAACGAGCUAAAAUGGGAAAAGGGAAGGAACUUGUGGCUUAUUUCACGCAAUCUUCGGCGUUAUCGAUGGCUUACACCGCUCUCGGCCUUUUCAAAGAUAAAGAACAUCUCACGGGCGCACACAAUAAUCCUGAAAGACAAUGGAGGAGUAGCAAAAUAUCAGCGUUUUCUGCAAAUUUAUUUGCCGUUCUUAACAGGUGCAUAAUCGAUGGUGAAGAAGACCAUAAUAUAGUGUUUUAUAUAAAUGAAGAACCACUGAGGUCAAUCUGCGCGGACGGGAUUUGUUCUUGGCAAGAGUUCGAAGAUAAAAUGAAAUCCUUUUCCAAUACUUCUACUUACUGUAACAAUUUCAAAGUGUGAUGGUAGUACUAAUAGGUAUCUGCACUGCAGUCAAUAUAUUUCUUUUUGUUCAUAUCUUAAUGUUGUUAUUAUACUAAAAUGUUUUUUUUUAAGUUCUAAAUGGUUCCAAAACAUAUUAUAUAGUAAACAAGGUGACUCAGAAAUUAUCACAUACAGGAUUAUAUUUGUAUAUCAGUUUUAAAGGUCACCUAUAUAAUUACUUUAAACUUGUCUAAUAUUGAUAAAAUGUAAUUUGCUAGCAAUAUUAUUUUAUUAACAUCUUGCCUUAAAAGUUCUAUUUUAAAAAUAAUAGUUACUUAAGUUUUAUGGUCUACUAGCUUUUGCCCACAACUUCGUAUGUGAGUAAAAAUCCGUUUUCCGUGGAAAUUUCAGAAAAUCCCUUCUUAGUGCUCCCCUACACUGUCCUAGGAACCUACACACCAAAUUUCAGCUUUCUACGCCCAGAAUUUUAGGCUGUGCUUUGUGUGUCAGUCAGUCACGCAGUAACGUAAAAGUUUUAAAUAUAUAUUUAAUAUUUACUACUAUACAUUUAUUUUAAAAGUAAUUGAUACAUAAUUGUAAUUUAGUAAUUGUAUCUAUAAUAAUAUUAUAUUUCAUAACUAUGGCAUUGCUCCAGUGUUAUUGAUAACACUAGUGUCAAAUUUUAUUGCAGUCGCGUAACGGCAUCUGCCAUGUGUUCAUUAUAAGUGCUAAUUCUACUCUAGAACUUACUUAUUGCACUUAUGAUAAGGACGGCAGUAUUUUAUAUGGGUAGAAGGACCAUCGAUACUUAACCAUUGAGUAUAAUAUACAACCUAAAUAGGUUAUCUCAAAGUAAAUACUUAAUAAAAAUAAAAAAUCUUAUAUUUUUUUA